CCCGACUUUGUCUCUUGGAUUUCCAGGUCCCACCAUCACAUCAAACACACAAAAAGUUCUCUCUCUUUCUCUUUUUCUUUUUCAUUACUCACGCAACUCAACUAUUGAGAGCUUUUCUGCAUGGAAUUUGAUUCAAGCUUUCAAGGGCCACAAUACCUUUCAAGCCCUUUCCCACCUACGACUCAAACCAUGUUUCCUUCGCAAAGCUCGAUUCUAAUUCCACCAUCACCCCAGCCCAUCAUGUUUCACCCCAACAACACUACUUUUCAUCAUUUUCAAGACUUCAUCACGAAUGUGCCUACCUUUGUGAUGGAGGGUCCUUCCUCCAACAUCACCACCCCCUUGUAUAGAGGGUCUUUCCUUGGAGGCUUUGUUAACAUCCACCAUCACCACCCCAACAAAAUGGAUGCUUUGCAUGGUCACCACCAUAAAGGAAAAAUCAUUUGGGAUUUUUCACAACAAUUGAUGGUUCAUUCAUCUGAAGCUUCUUCCUCCAAGUCAUCAUCACCUCUUUCUCUCUCUAAUGAGUAUGGAUUGGUGAUGGAUGACUAUCAUUGGCACACUAAUCAGAGGAGUGUGCAACAAAAGAUGAAGGUGGUAAAGGUGAAUAUGGAUACCAACAUUGCAAAUGAUAACAUAAUCAAAGGACAGUGGACUCUGGAACAGGACAAUGCUCUUGUGGAAUUGGUAAACCAAUUCGGACUUAAGAAAUGGUCGCAAAUUGCAAAGUUACUGCCCGGAAGGAUUGGGAAGCAGUGUCGGGAAAGAUGGCACAACCAUCUCAUGCCAAACAUUAAGAAGGACUCAUGGACCCUGGAGGAAGACAUGAUUCUAAUAAAAGCCCAUAAAAAACUUGGAAACAAAUGGUCGGAGAUUGCAAAAAGGUUGCCUGGUAGGCCUGAGAACACCAUUAAGAACCAUUGGAACACCACCAAACGGCGCCAAAAUUGCAAGAGACACAAGCACACAAUUUAUGAAGGGUCACUCCUCCAUGGCUACAUCAAAAAGGUUAGUGCUGCUGAAGAUGCUACAAAAGAACCAAAGAAGAAUAAGAUGCAGUUGUGAGCUUGCUCUUUUGUAUGUUGAGCUAACGUACGUGAUGUGUUCAGUGGAAGCAGCAGCAGCCAUGCGCCAAUGCAAGUUGAUAAUAAUUAUUAAUGUUGAUAGUUGAAACACUUACCAUAUGGUACAAUGAACAGGGAAAUUAAUCAGAAUGGUGCUAAAUACUUAUUAAAGGAGGCAUAUAUGCAUGCAUGGUUAUUUAUGUUAAGGUCUUAAUUUGAUAAGAUAUAUGGUGCAAAAUACUUUUUAUUUAUUAAUAAAAGUGGAAGAACCGGUGUAUCGUUUUGUGUCA